GAGCGCAAAAUUCCCCCGAAACGUGGCGGUUUACAAAUGUAUGUAGACCAUGGUCACUGUUUCAGUGAUAAGUUACCAUUGUUAGUUGCGUUGAUACGACCGUCGCUAACGCAUCAUGGGGACGCUGCCGAACUGGAUUGCACUGUGUCUCUCAGUCGUUGUUGUCACGCACUGCAACCCUGCCAACACACUGCCCACGACACUCCCAACCGCCACGCCCUCUACAGCCACUCCUACAGUGACGCUUGGGGCUGGCAGUGAUGGUGAGGCCAGCGAUGAUAGUAUAGAUGAUGUCCUUCGUAAUGGUGAAGAUGAUGAUGAUGGCACUGGCGAUGAUAGUGUAGAUGAUGAUGAUGGUGAUGGCACUGGCGAUGAUAGUGUAGGUGAUGAUGAUGAUGGUACGCUUCGGGUUGGCAGUGAUGGUGAGGCCAGCGAUGACAUUGAAGAUGAUGUCUUUCGUGAUGGUGAUGAUGAUGGUGUUAUUGACAGUGCGGGUAUGGUGUACACGCUCAUUGAUGAAAACUUAUUGGAAGAUGAUUACAACGAUGAGGAUUACUUCGACGAGGAUUAUUACGAUGACUAUGAUGAUUUCUAUUUCGACGGUUCUUAUGAAGAUCAAGGUCAUGAUGGCGACCAUCUCGACGACGAGAUGCCCCUUAACUACACGCUCGCCGACGACUCGUACACCAUCAAUAGGCCGAAGGAGAUAGUCAUGUCAGAUGAGGAGAUCAACGAACUUAUUGAGAAAAGAGGUCCAGCCGCUGACGGGGAUUAUUCUGAUUAUUUUGAUUACGAUGAUUAUUCUGAUUAUGAUUAUGAAGACGAGGAGGGCGAGGAGGGUGAGGCAAAAUACGAGGAGGGUGAGGUAAAAGACGAAGAGGGAAAUAACGAUAGCGAGGCGAAGGGAGUGGAAGACGAAGAGACGAGGGUGGGAGGAGAAGAACAGCAAACAGGGGAAGGAAAAGAAGAAGCCGGCGAAGAGAACACGGACGACCACUUUCUCAGUUUCCAAGACUACAACAUCACUUUCCACAAGAAUAAUAUCACCUUUUCAGACUAUAUCGGUCUCUAUAAUAUCAGCUUCGAGGACUACAACAUAAGCUUUGAGGAAUUUAACAUCAGUUCAGAGGGCUACCCCUUCGCCGACUACAACGUGACGCUCGUAGACUUCGGCUCUGAUCUCGAGGACUAUCCUGAAUUCAACGUUACCCUCGAGGACUUCAACGCGACCUACGAGGAGUACGAGAACGGGACGGUCUUCGACGUUACUUUUGUCUCCAACGAAGUACUUGACAGCAUCACGAAGGCUCACAAUGCAACAGACGGCGACGACGAGGGCGACGGCGACGAAGUGGAGGGGAAGAUGGUUUCCACCACCGACAGCAGCGACGACGCUGGACGCCCGACGACGGAGUCUCCCCAGCCUCCCCCGGAGCCCGGAAAUCUCAGAAGUGAGAGGGAAGUUGAUAUGGGCGCCUGGUCUCUUACCCCAGACGAGUGCGAGCGAGUCUACGACAGUCUUAUCGCCUCCGGACUGCUGAGAAGAGAGGAGGAGGAAGAGGUAAGGGCCCUGGAGCGAAUGCGAAGGUCGAUCGAGUCCCUUGGAGGCAUGGACGCCCUCAGGGGGAGUGAUGAACUGACGCACCACGUAGUAAAGCGACAGCUGACUGGAGGCGAGGCCUGCGGCACCUUCAGCAGGCGUCGCAGAAGGGAGACAGGCGAGCCGCCUUCCUCCUUCCCUGCCUCUCCUUCCUCCUCCAGGAAAAGGCGCGGUAUCUCUAAUGUUGGCAAGCGGUUAGAACAGGACAACGCUAACUUUAAGCAGCUCUACAACCAGUACAAGAUUAUGUGCCGGUUCGUUGCCAUGAUGAUCUUCGAAAAGUGAUCUGACCCAAAAGGACCUGAGACUCUUUGCAAAAAAAGUUAUCCUCAGCUUUAAGUUCGCUCUCAAAUAAGGAAUUUAGAGUGAAUUCUAAAAAUAGCAGAUACUCUGCACCAUCUUUGUAAAAAAAAAUGAAAAUAAAAUGUUCACGCAAAAUAACAUAAUCAUCGUAUAUGUAAUAUAUUUUCAAACACUCAAUUUUCCCCAGAAUUAAUUUAUCGGUGAAAAUAAUCUAAAGUGUAUGCUUGAAUAAACCUGUU